AUGAUUAAAGAUAUAAAUCCACACAAACUUUCAAAAAGCUCAGUUCGUAAGUUAACAUAUCCAGGUAAGAGAGCAGAGGAAAUUGCACACGAGUUUCAAUCGGCCCAUUUCCACUGUCCUGCCACAGAAGUAAUUAUACACGCUGGUACUAACAACAUAAUCACCGACUCUAGCAAAGAGUGCUUCGAUAAUAUUCAGCUUCAAAGUUCCAGAAUAAAGAGCACCUUUAAGGAAGCUAGAAUCGCGAUAUCCAGCCUUAUAUCGAGAGAGGAUAUUGAUGUAACAUUAAAGACACAAGAAACGAAUGAGUUAUUAAAGGAUUUAUGCUCAAAAGAGGGCUAUACCUAUAUUGAAAAUGGGAACAUAGAUGCGACUUGCCUCAAUGGGUCCAAGCUACAUCUUAAUGCGAAAGGUUCGGCGCUACUGGCUGUUCACUUCAUUAAAUUUAUUAGAGGAACUAGCUCACGAUCAAGUGCUGGGGGUUUUCCGAAGGAACUUCGACAACUGGGAGAGCUGUUAAGGUUGAUCAUGCCCCAGUCGUCAAAGAAGCGAACUCAUCGAUAA